AGGGCCUGCAAGAAAUUGUCGUCUUGUUAAGGCUCAACUGCAUCCUUUGAUUCAAGCCGAGUCUUCCGUUAUCGUCGAUGUCCUUUACCGACCGGAAUACCUUUUCCAGCCUGGCACGGAAGCACGGAAAAAGUGUGACAAUGGCGGAUUCAUUCGCAGGUUGAUUAAACACACCGAACGAUUGCUGGAGGACAAGGAGGAAAAACUUUGCAUCCCAGUUCUCAACACCUUACGUCAGAUGACGAAUUUCGAUGUUCACAAUGGCGAAAAGGGAGAUGCAUUGAGGAAGAAUCUUUUAGUUCGCUACUUUGCCAAACCAACCUCUCAUAGUUCUAAAAAGACCGAGCUCAAUGGCGGAAGCGCAAUCUCUACCGCUGGAAUUCAUUCAACAUUAUCUGGUGGUAGUGGUGGUGGAGGCGGUAUGGGACAAUCGUCAUCGCUGACAACCCACGGACCUGGAGGGCGUCUUCUGUCGCGAGGUGAAAUGUGUUUGCACGAGGUGCAAGUGUACCUGGACCGAGAAGGCGCCUCUGAUUUGGUGGCCGAAUUGGUCAUGAAGUCGUCGUUAUCGCCCAACGUUUUCAUGGAAGCGGUCCAGUUGGGCAUCGCCCUGCUGGAAGGCGGCAACCCCGUCAUCCAGCGGAGUCUCUACACGAAAUUGCAGUCGGCCGAGACGAGCGCCAUCUUCUUCAAGGUGUUCCACGACAAAGUCACAGAGUCGCAAGCGGAAAUCCGGUCCACCAUGUCGGUCAACACCACCGAAAUGGCCUCGGCGGGUAACAACAAGCUCCAGGACCAUUCCCAUGAAAUGAAGGAUCAUUUCCCGUACAAUCGUGAAGCAGGAGGGACAGCCGGGAGCAGCAACAGCGGCCCGAUCCUUGAAAGCGAUCUCCAGUUCAACAGCAGCGGGCGAAUGGUCCUGGGAUCACAAGCUUAUUCGCCCGUUCAGUGCCGCCGAUUCGCCAAUUAUUUGUUUGGCCGUUUGCGUCGAAUUGGACUCCAACAUCACCGCGAUGAACCGAGACUCAGACGCAAUUUUGUUGCCGGAAGAGACACCAGAUAUCCCAUCCGAAGAUUGAGUCUUUAUCAGAGUGGUCCUAGUUCACCCCCAGUCAAUCCGGUUGAACAAAUUGACCCGCAGCCGGGAACUUUUCGUGAUUAUUCCAUGGAAAUUGAUUUGGCAUUCAAUGAAGUGAUGCCGAGUUUGGAUCGUGGAUCGAGUCAUUCGGUUGGCUGGAGAAGAUCUCGGUUCUCUCGGAUGACUCGUUUCUCCUUUGAAAGAGCGCGUUCUUUUGAGUCCAGAUUAUCCUCGGGUGACAGCUUGGAUCGUUUCAACCACCCAGUCGGAUGGAUAGUAGCCUAAACAUUGGAAUUCCCCACGUUAUCGCCCGUUUCGCCUUGUAGAAAAAUGAAGACAGUUCCGAUACAGACACUGAUGUGACUGCCGAGUCCGCCGCAACGGCAGCGAAUCGUUGGCGACAGUCGAGUCCCAUCGAGUCCCAUUCGUUCACCCCGAGGUGUAGAGCAGCGAAUGAGGCUUUUGUGGCGAGAAUAUUUGUCUCAGGUAGUUAAUGUGCAGCUAAACAAUAUGGGUGAUGGAGGCGGAAGCAGCAACGCUCCCAGCUCUCAACAGCCAGGAGCGCCGGAUAGCGGAGGCGAUAACAACGACCAAGAACGAACUCGUUAUCGUCUCUGGCUCUUGACCAUGGUGGAAAGUCUCACUAGUUUCUUUUCCCAACACGGAAUCAAUUCAUCUGAUUCGGUCGAUGCCACUCCAGCACCUACUCCGCAACCACCAACUGCAACGACGACAACAUCGGUAGCCGGAAGCAGUCAGGCCAGACCAUUUCCAGGAAUUCCACCCAGACCUGGAACUUCGGCCGUUCCCCAGUCAUUCCCUUACGUUUCCCGUUUCUCCAACGCGAUGAGAGACGAAGGAUUCGUGGCUGCGGUAGAGGAAGGCCCCACUUCGCCGACUAUUGGCAGACCCCGAAAUGUCCCGCCACCUUGGAGAGUUUUCCCGCGUGUCGGACAUGUCAUGGGAGGAGGCGCUGGAGAUGCCGGAAUUGCUUUCGGGGGAGCCGAACAAGGCCCAGGGCAGCAGCGCUGGACUCUCCGCCGGAAUGCGGAAUCACAAGUGUCACUCAGCGCCCAUCUGACGUACCGCAUCCAGGCCUGGAAUUUCUGCGCCAAAGACGGAUGCAUUCCCGACAUCCGCGAUCCUUACGCCAACAUUGUCGUUCCCGAAAGCAAAAUCCAUAAUGACGCAAGUGUCGAUGUUUCAGCUGACGGCCGGUUGCUCGUUACGCUCGUCCCUUGCACUUCACUCACUGGAGCUCUCAUUAGUCUGCAUAGUUUAGAACCGUCUCGCGUGGGUUUGUGCCUUGCACAAGUGAACUGCCAACAAGGCAGUUUGCUCCACGUACGUGAUUUAAGUCAAACGACUAACGUUGGAUUGACAAGUCUCAAUUGCAUUCGCUGGAUUCCUACUGCUGGGCAGGGAUUUGUAUUGGGAACCAAUAAAGGCCAUCUCAAGGUGAUUGAUUGAGAUUCUGUUGGGAUUUUUAUUCGUUUUUUUUUCUUUCUUUUUUUUCAUGUGUAGAAGCUAUGAAAAUUGAAAAUACAUUUCCCAGACGCGUUUCUAAAAUGUUUUAUUUUUUCCGAAACUUUGAAAACUGUUUUUAAUAACCCGGCAACGUUGAUUUAUUUUCCCUUCCCUUUCAAAUCCCAUCUUCGUUCUUCACACGUUUACGUUGUUAUUAAUUUAUUUCCUAGUCGAAACUUGUUAAGUAAGUUGGCUUACAACAAAACUCGUUGAAGAAAAGUCGAUAAACGAAAUGAAUUCGGUAGAAAUCUCUGGUUUUAUCCCCAAACUUGGUCUAGUCGUAGUAGGAAUUGUGUUGGUAGAAUGCACUCGGCAAGGCUUGAAUUACCUGCAGCGAAAAAAUUCAAAGCCAGUGAUUAGACAAGUGAUAUUCUUUCCUGAUAAACAAAUUGCCUGUAAAGACUUUUUCGAUUCAGUCGAAGGCUGUUCUAGGAUUCGCUGCGAUUUCAGCCACACAACAACUGGCUUCAGGCAACUACUUUCCCACAUAAAGUCAGCAAGGAAAUCUAUCGACAUUGCUGUUUAUUGCAUCUCUUGUUUUGAGAUUGCAGAUGUUGUGUUGCAACGUCACAAAGUUGGAGUCAGAGUCAGAGUGAUUACAGACCAGAGCAUGGAGAUAGCUUUUGGAUCCCAGAAUCACCGUUUUAUGAAAGAUGGGAUCAGGGUACAUACCAACAAACCCCCAUUUCUAAUGCACCACAAGUUUUUUAUUAUUGAUGAUGAGCUGCUUUGCUCUGGGUCCUUCAACUGGACUUCACAAGCUGUCACUGGUAACAACGAAUCUGUCAUAAUCACUAAUGAUCCCUGGACCGUUGAACCUUUUUGUGCUGAAUUUCAAAAAUUGUGGCAAGAAACUAAGCCUGGAAAUUAACUCUUGUAUUUAUAGCUAAUGCAAUAGAUUUUCUUUU